CUGCUUUGUCAUCGCGUUUUUUCGUUCUUGGCUUGAACACUUUUUAAUAGUUUCAAAUUAGGUAGUGAAAAUCGAUCAAAAAUUUAUUUAAAUUCUACCCUAGUUGGCGGUAAAUCGAUUGCAGUUAAUCGAGCAAUCGCUAAGGGGAAGAAUUUGUUCGCACUAGAAGAGAAGGUAAAUCUAUCGCUAUCGACAUGAAUGGAGACUCGAAAGCACCGCUUCGGACGGUGAAAAAGGUUCAAUUUGGCAUCCUUUCCCCGGAUGAAAUACGACGGAUGUCUGUCACCGAAGGUGGCAUCCAGUACGCGGAGACCAUGGAGGGCGGACGGCCGAAAUUGUGCGGACUUAUGGAUCCACGUCAAGGUGUCAUCGAGCGUACAUCACGGUGUCAAACUUGUGCUGGCAACAUGACUGAGUGCCCGGGACAUUUCGGUCACAUCGAUUUAGCUAAACCGGUGUUCCACAUCGGCUUUAUUACGAAAACUAUUAAAAUUCUGCGAUGUGUGUGCUUUUACUGCUCUAAAAUGCUGGUUGCUCCCAGCAAUCCAAAAAUUAAGGAAAUCGUCAUGAAAUCAAAGGGACAACCCCGCAAACGCUUAGCGUACGUGUAUGACUUGUGCAAGGGCAAAAAAAUUUGCGAAGGUGGAGAGGAUAUGGACAUAACGAAAGACGGAGCACCGCCAGAUCCGAACAAAAAACAAGGUCACGGCGGAUGCGGUCACUAUCAGCCGUCGCUACGCCGAACAGGACUGGAUGUAAUUGCCGAGUGGAAGCACGUUAAUGAAGAUUCCCAGGAGAAGAAAAUUGCUGUUACCGCAGAAAGGGUAUGGGAAAUUUUGAAGCACAUUACCGACGAGGAAUGCUAUGUACUGGGAAUGGAUCCGAAAUUUGCUCGUCCUGAUUGGAUGAUUAUAACUGUGCUUCCAGUUCCACCGCUGGCGGUUAGACCAGCAGUAGUUAUGUUUGGUGCGACUAAGAAUCAGGAUGAUUUAACACACAAGCUUUCAGAUAUCAUUAAAGCCAAUAAUGAAUUAAAGAAGAACGAAUCUACCGGAGCAGCAGCUCACGUAAUUGCUGAAAAUAUAAAAAUGUUGCAGUUCCACGUAGCAACACUGGUCGACAAUGAUAUGCCGGGAAUGCCGAAGGCUAUGCAAAAGAGUGGAAAACCUCUAAAGGCCGUUAAGUCUCGCUUGAAGGGAAAAGAAGGUCGCAUUCGCGGUAAUUUAAUGGGAAAACGUGUCGACUUUUCGGCUCGUACUGUCAUUACUCCAGAUCCGAAUUUACGUAUUGAUCAAGUCGGCGUGCCUCGUUCAGUUGCGCAGAACAUGACGUUCCCGGAAUUGGUCACUCCAUUUAAUAUUGAUCGCAUGCAGGAACUGGUUCGGCGAGGAAAUUCACAAUAUCCCGGUGCAAAGUACAUUGUGCGCGACAACGGAGAGCGCAUUGAUCUUCGAUUUCAUCCGAAAUCCAGUGACCUGCAUUUGCAAUGUGGUUACAAAGUAGAACGACAUUUACGCGAUGAUGAUUUGGUAAUCUUCAACCGUCAACCUACGCUACAUAAAAUGAGUAUGAUGGGUCAUCGUGUUAAAGUAUUGCCUUGGUCAACUUUCCGCAUGAACCUCAGUUGUACCUCACCUUACAACGCUGAUUUUGACGGAGACGAAAUGAAUCUGCACGUUCCACAAUCGAUGGAAACUCGAGCAGAAAUCGAAAACAUUCACAUCACGCCUCGGCAGAUUAUUACUCCACAGGCCAAUAAACCCGUCAUGGGUAUUGUGCAGGACACGUUAACAGCCGUGCGUAAAAUGACUAAACGUGAUGUUUUCCUAGAAAAAGAACAGAUGAUGAAUCUGCUUAUGUUCUUGCCCACUUGGGACGGCAAAAUGCCACAACCGUGCAUUCUCAAACCGAAGCCUCUUUGGACUGGGAAACAAAUUUUCACUCUUAUCAUCCCCGGCAACGUGAACAUGAUCCGCACGCAUUCGACCCAUCCAGACGAAGAGGAUGACGGUCCGUACAAGUGGAUUUCCCCCGGAGACACCAAGGUCAUGGUCGAACAUGGCGAAUUGAUUAUGGGUAUUCUGUGUAAGAAAACUCUUGGAACAUCUGCUGGUUCUCUGUUGCAUAUUGUCUUUCUCGAGCUGGGACAUGAAAUUGCCGGUCGCUUCUACGGUAACAUUCAAACUGUAGUCAACAACUGGCUGUUACUGGAGGGUCACAGCAUCGGUAUUGGAGACACCAUUGCUGAUCCUCAGACCUAUGCUGAAAUUCAGCGCGCAAUCCGAAAGGCCAAAGAGGAUGUCAUAGGAGUUAUCCAGAAGGCGCACAACAUGGAAUUAGAACCGACACCUGGUAACACUUUGAGGCAGACUUUCGAAAAUCAAGUAAACCGCAUUCUAAACGAUGCUCGUGAUAAAACUGGUGGCUCUGCUAAGAAAUCGCUCACUGAAUACAACAAUCUCAAGGCUAUGGUGGUGUCCGGUUCAAAGGGAUCAAACAUUAACAUUUCUCAGGUUAUCGCCUGUGUGGGUCAGCAAAACGUUGAAGGUAAGCGCAUUCCAUUCGGAUUCCGUAAGCGCACUCUACCGCACUUCAUCAAGGACGAUUAUGGUCCCGAAUCGAGAGGUUUCGUCGAAAAUUCAUAUCUUGCCGGUCUGACGCCAACUGAGUUUUACUUUCACGCCAUGGGAGGUCGUGAGGGUCUCAUCGAUACUGCUGUAAAGACUGCCGAAACCGGUUAUAUCCAGCGUCGUCUGAUCAAAGCUAUGGAGUCGGUAAUGGUGAAUUAUGAUGGAACAGUGCGAAAUUCGGUUGGACAAUUGAUCCAGCUGCGUUACGGCGAAGACGGAUUAUGCGGGGAAACGGUCGAGUUUCAGAAUUUGCCAACAAUCAAGCUCUCGAACAAGGUUUUCGAGAAACGAUACAGAUUUGACCCAUCGAACGAGCGAAAUCUUAGGAGAAUUUUCAACGAGGAUGUGAUCAAAGAACUGACUGAGUCAGCCGAUGUUAUUCAGGAAAUUGAGGCCGAGUACGAACAGUUGAUGAGAGAUCGAGAAGCAUUGCGACAAAUCUUUCCCAACGGUGACUCGAAAGUAGUAUUGCCCUGCAAUUUACAACGUAUGAUCUGGAAUGUGCAAAAAAUUUUCCACAUCAACAAGCGGGCACCAACCGAUUUAUCACCGCUGAAAGUAAUCCAAGGCGUGCGCGAGUUGUUGCAGAAGUGUGUAAUCGUGGCUGGAACGGAUCGGCUGUCCAAGCAAGCGAACGAAAACGCCACACUCUUGUUCCAGUGCUUGGUUCGCUCGACUCUCUGUACUAAAUAUGUGGCCGAAGAAUUCCGUUUGAAUAAUGAAGCGUUUGAAUGGUUGAUUGGAGAAAUAGAAACUCGAUUCCAGCAGGCUCAGUGUAAUCCAGGUGAAAUGGUAGGAGCUUUAGCUGCGCAGUCGCUUGGUGAACCGGCUACUCAAAUGACACUGAACACUUUCCAUUUCGCCGGUGUGUCGUCAAAGAACGUAACACUUGGUGUGCCAAGAUUAAAGGAAAUCAUCAAUAUUUCCAAGAGACCAAAAGCACCCUCACUAACAGUUUUUCUAACUGGAGGAGCCGCCCGCGAUGCAGAGAAGGCCAAGAACGUGCUCUGUCGGUUGGAACAUACAACGUUAAGAAAGGUGACGGCCAACACAGCCAUUUACUACGAUCCGGAUCCACAAAGAACAGUGAUUGCUGAAGAUCAGGAGUUUGUAAAUGUGUACUAUGAGAUGCCGGAUUUUGAUCCCACUAGAAUUUCGCCGUGGUUGCUGCGUAUCGAAUUGGAUCGUAAAAGGAUGACCGAUAAGAAGUUGACUAUGGAACAAAUUGCGGAAAAAAUUAAUGCUGGUUUUGGAGAUGAUUUGAACUGCAUUUUCAAUGACGACAAUGCCGAUAAGUUGGUGCUUCGAAUUCGAAUCAUGAAUAAUGAAGAUAACAAAUUCCAAGAAAACGAGGAAGAAAACAUGGACAAAAUGGAAGAUGAUAUGUUUUUGCGAUGUAUCGAAGCCAACAUGCUUUCGGAUAUGACUCUGCAGGGUAUUGAAGCUAUUGGAAAAGUGUACAUGCAUUUGCCCCAAACGGACGCCAAGAGAAGAAUCGUCAUAACACCCGAAGGAGAAUUCAAAGCUAUUGGAGAGUGGCUUUUGGAAACUGACGGUACCUCGAUGAUGAAAGUCCUGAGCGAGCGAGAUGUCGAUCCAGUACGCACAGCUAGUAACGACAUUUGCGAAAUUUUCCAAGUACUCGGUAUUGAAGCUGUGCGAAAGUCUGUAGAGAAAGAAAUGAACAACGUGCUGCAGUUUUACGGUCUUUAUGUAAACUAUCGUCAUUUGGCGUUGUUGUGUGAUGUUAUGACAGCAAAGGGUCACUUGAUGGCCAUUACACGUCACGGUAUUAACAGACAAGAUACUGGCGCUCUUAUGAGGUGUUCUUUCGAAGAAACUGUUGAUGUUUUAAACGAUGCCGCCGCGCAUGCUGAAGUAGAUCCAAUGAGAGGAGUCUCGGAAAAUAUCAUCAUGGGCCAGCUACCCCGAAUGGGUACAGGAUGCUUUGAUCUAUUACUAGAUGCUGAAAAAUGUAAACUGGGUAUGGAGAUUCCUCAUACCUCAAUAAUGGGUGCAACUGGAAUGUUCUUUGGACCUGGAGCUACUCCUAGCAUGAGUCCUGUAAUGACACCUUGGCAGCAAUCACAAACUCCCGGGUAUGGCGGAUGGUCUCCGUCAGGCCCACCUAGUGGCAUGACUCCAGGUGGUCCAAGUUUCUCACCAUCAGCGCAGAGCGACGCUUCAGGAAUGUCUCCAUCUUGGUCACCAAUGCCUGGAUCCCCAAGUUCACCAGGACCAUCAAUGUCUCCAUACUUUCCAUCAUCACCAAGUGCGUCUCCGUCGUACUCUCCGAGCAGUCCAAACUACGCAGCUGCUUCGCCAGGAGGUGCUUCCCCUUGUUAUUCACCGACUAGCCCAAGCUAUUCUCCGACCAGUCCGAAUUAUUCUCCAACCAGUCCCCGAUAUUCGCCAACCAGCCCAAACUACAGUCCAACGUCAACACACUAUUCCCCUACGUCUCCAAGCUAUUCUCCCACAUCUCCGCUGUAUUCUCCGACAGCAACCUACGCUCCGUCCAGCCCGGCCUAUUCUCCCACUUCUCCAUCAUACUCGCCUACAAGUCCGUACUCACCAACAUCUCCCAGCUAUUCGCCAACUUCUCCAGCGUAUUCACCAACAAGUCCUUCGUAUUCACCUUCCAGUCCUUCAUAUUCCCCUACGUCACCCUCUUAUUCACCUACUUCACCCAGCUAUUCUCCUACAUCGCCAAAUUACACGCCAGCAACGCCAUCCUAUUCUCCAACCAGUCCCAAUUACUCACCCAGUUCUCCUCACUAUUCACCCACAUCUCCAAGCUACUCUCCUUCUUCCCCGAAAUAUUCCCCGACGUCCCCCAGUUACUCACCAACCUCGCCAUCUUACGGUGGCAGUCCGCAGUACACUCCUACUAGCCCACAAUAUUCCCCGACAAGUCCGAAAUACUCCCCAACAUCGCCCAGCUAUUCACCAAGCUCUCCGCAGCAUUCUCCCGGCAGUAGCAGCAGCAAUUAUAUGGUUAGCUCGCCAACAUACUCUCCUACGACCGCUCGAUACUCCCCGAACAUGUCUUCUUAUUCCCCUGGCAGUCAGAAGUACUCACCUACUAGUCCGGUGUAUACGCCAACUUCACCCCACUAUUCUCCCUCCAGUCCAGCCUACUCUCCUACAGCUCAAGGGUACAGUCCCUCCAGCCCGGCUAGUCCAACCUACUCGCCGACUAGUCCUUCAUAUGAGGAUAGCCCUGAAGAUUAAAGGUUAGUACACUGCUUAAGAUAACCCGGAAACAAUUGCUUAACAAUUGGUCUUCUACAGUUGAUGUUGCUGUACCGCAAAUAGUGGUGACCGUGUUGAUGAAAAUAAUUGAUAUAUCUCAAUUGAUAAAACACAUUUUGUGAAUCCUUCGACUAUAUAUUAAAGCAGACUAAUUAAUUAAUCGAAUGAACGAUUGUAACGUUAAAAAUAUUAGAGGAUAAAAUAUUUAUAUUAAGCGAUAAUUAAAAUACGAACCUGCAAAACAUUUUUAAAAUAAUGCAAAUCUGGCAAUUGGGCAUUUAUUUGUUGCAAUCAAGAACAAGAUAAUAAACCUGU